AUGGCAGCCACCUCUACUCUACACUUCCUUUCUCGUCUCCGUUUCAUACCUUUUCCUCUCCCAUCACCACUCUCAACCCCUUUCCCUUUCUCCCUCACCUCCAAAACAAAGACACCCACGCGGUUUCGAUUUUUCUCAAUGGCCGCCGCUGCUCAACCAAAGGAAUCACCGGCUAACAACCCCGGUCUCCAUUCAACUAUAGAUGAAGCUACUAAGGGUUACUUUAUGCAACAAACUAUGUAUAGAAUCAAAGACCCCAAAGUUAGCCUUGAUUUUUACUCCCGCAUUUUAGGCAUGUCGUUGCUCAAGAGACUGGAUUUUCCUGAGUUGAAGUUCAGCUUGUACUUUAUGGGGUAUGAGGAUACAUCUGAAGCUCCAAGUAACCCUGUUGAUAGAACAGUUUGGACCUUUGCUCAAAAGGCUACAAUUGAAUUGACACAUAAUUGGGGCACUGAAAGUGAUCCAGAGUUCAAAGGGCACCACAAUGGCAAUUCUGAUCCUCGUGGUUUUGGUAAGUGA